CUAGCAGCUUAAGUGUUACGGUUAAGAAAUACACUGUUAUAAUAUUUAUUUUCAAUAUUUUGUUAUCGGAUAUAUUACAUAGUAUGUGUUAAGAGUUAUUCAGUCAAUGGAAAUAUACCGUACGCUUUUCAAAGUAAGCCGCCUUUAUUAAAUGAAAACAAUAGGAUUGGGUGGGUUGGGUUAUAUCCAACUGGUGGAAUUUUUAUAAUUGGAUGGCCUAUAUAAGAGUUACUUAGUCGUUAAUGCUCCAUGGAUGUGUUACUGUAGGGAAGGAUAGCCACGGGCGUGUUAAUGCGAGAAACAAAGCUGGCACGGCCAAGAGAAAUUAAAGUAAGAGUUUGACAGCGACGGAACGAGCGAGAACAUUUUGACAUUUUGUUAAAAAAGAAAUAUGGAGAAAGCAUCACUUACUACUGGGGAGUCUAAAUACAAGCCGGAUGACGAACAGGAAAUAUCGUUGUGUAUACGAGUUUUAAGAAAAAUAAAGAGUGUAUUUUUAAAUAAUUUACUUCUGUUUUCAACAUUGCUCGGCGUGGGAUUUGGAUUUGUCGUUGGAUUUGCUGUAAGAGCGACACAACCGUCGGAAAAUGCUCUGAUGUGGUUAGGUUUACCCGGGCAGCUGUACCUCCGACUAUUGAAAAUGAUGAUUGUGCCUUUAAUCGCAUGCAGCGUCAUUUGUGGUGCAGCGGCCCUGGACCCAAAAGCUAAUGGAAAAAUCAGCCUGAUAGCUUUUGUCUUUAUCAUUUCUACAAAUGCACUUGGCUCCGCCCUUGGAAUUGGUUCAGUUUAUAUGUUUAACCCAGGAAAAUCUGAAAUUAAAGAACAAGAUUCAGUUAUAGAAGGCAAUAUGCAGACUCAGGACAUCCUUGCAGAUCUCAUAAGAAAUAUUAUUCCAGAAAAUCUUUUUGAAUCAACAUUUUCUCAAACACAGACGAUGUACAAGGUCAAAAAUAAAAUAAUUGAAGUGAAUACAACCGAUGGUUUAAAGAAUGAAACGGUGAAAGAAGUAUCGAAGUAUUUAGGAAAAAUGGGAAAUCCAAAUAUUAUAGGUUUGAUAUUUGCAUGCACAUUACUGGGCCUGGCUGCAGCAAAUCUGAAGUCGAAGGGAAAGCCAUUUCUGGACUUUAUACAAUCAGUGUCAGACACUGUUAUUGCAGUGGUUCGCUGGUUUAUGUGGACGACACCUGUAGGUGUGAUCAGCCUUAUUGCUGUAUCAAUUGCCAGUAUUGAAAGUGUGGAAGAGGUUUUUGCUCAACUAGGACUCUUUAUUGUUGCAAUAACAGUGGGAAUAACGUUCCAGCAGUUGGUGCUCAUGGCAGGAAUAUUUUUUGCUUUUACGCGUAAGAAUCCAUACAGUUACCUCAUCUCAAUAGCAAGACCUUGGAUGAUUUCAUUCGCUGCUACAAGCACUGCCGUUGCUAUUCCGGAGAUGAUGGCAGCAUGCGAAGACAAAAAUAAAAUUGACAAGAGAAUAUCUCGUUUUGUUAUUCCAUUCAGCGUGACGAUCAGUUGCAAUGGAAGUGCCUUGUAUAUUGCGGGGGCGUGUGUAUUCAUAGCUAACCUUACUGGAACCAGUCUUGCACUCGGAGAUGUUCUGUUGAUAUGGUUGCUAGUGACAGUCGCUGCCAUGGCAAUACCUUCCGUUCCCAGUGCAAGUAUUAUGACAACAAUCAUGAUUCUGUCCUCCAUGAAUAUUCCUAUGGACGACAUAGCUCUUCUUCUAGCAGUAGAGUGGUACCUAGACCGGAUUCGCUCUACCAGCAGUGUGGUUAGUCACACGUUUUGUACAGCAGUAGUUUACAGUCUCUGUAAGAAAGACUUGGCAGACAUUGACAGAAAGCAUAAACAUGACCAUGACAUAGAAAAGGUAGAUGAAGAAGAGAUGCAAGUUAUUGUGGAAAAUGGCAAAAUCAUGAAUGGAUUUGCAGACCUUAAUGGCGUCAUAGGGUCGCAUUCCCUGAAAGCAGAGGAAGUUGUUUGAAGAAAGGGAUGAAAGUACUGCUUAACUUUGUUACAGCGACCCAUACAGCUUCUGUUAUAUCUUACCACGCAUCAUUCCGGACCUUCUCGACCGGUGCGGUAUUACAAUAGCUUGUCUGUGUGAAAACAACGAAAAACGCCGGAGCUUUCGAAUCUUAUGCAGGUUUUUUACCUGGCUUUCUGCGCGAUCAAUUGCAAAUGCAUUGGCAAGUUGAGAACCAGCUGUUGAUAUUUAUGAACUCAAAGAGACUCUUUCUAAAUGAAAGGUCUUUCCUUCUUGCCUAAGUGGUAGACAGUACACCGGAAAGUGUACUUCUCAGGUCUUUCAGUCUCAAUUGAUCAGUAUCAUGAUAAAUGGGCCGCUGCAAGCUUUUACAAAAUGCUAAAAAUGUUGACCACCUAUUCUGCCAUGGCAAAUAAAUGAUAUAUAUAUAGAGGCUCAAGUGUCUCCGGAAUUUCAUUCAUGUGUAAAAGAUUUCUGAUGUCACCAUUUUAUUAGGGAUAUGGGUGUUUUAAAUUGUCAUGAAAAUUUUAUAGUGCAUGUUGCAUUAAUUCAUGCAUAUGAAGCAUUUUUCAUUUUAUUUUUUAGAUAAUUUUGUCUGCAGUGAAUGAACUUCCUUAAACUUUGAGCAGAUCGUCAACAUUGACAGUACUAAGCUUAUUUUAAGCGCAAGAAUAAAAUGGCGCGACUAUUUUUGCUAGCGUCAUUCAAGACGCUUUUCAAAUUAUGAUUUUGAAACGAAGAAGAUAUGAUAAUUAUUGCGGUAGAAAAAGACAAAAAGUGUAAGUUGACUGUCUCACCUUGUUAUUGUAGUAUCUGAUAUACUGAAGCCGGAGCCAGUAGAUUUAUGGAAAUAUGUAAUUUAUUUAUUUCAAUGUUGAAACCCGUUGUUAUGUUAAACGUAUUUUUACAAAUUUCCGGUGCAAUUUUUGAUCAAAUAUAUAGUGGACGCAACUUGACCCUGAUGGUUGACCUUUGCAUUAUAAUACAUAAUGAGGCACAACCUAUUAUUGAAAAGGAGUGUUUGUAAAACACGAGCUGCACGCGAAAAUGGAAAUAUAAAUUUGUGUAAAUAUAUAUAAUGAAAUAAUCGAUAUGAAUCAGCCUAAGGUCAACCAUCGCGGUCAAGUUGCGACUACUAUAUAUAGGUUAUUACAUUUUAGCAGGAUUUCUUGCAUAAUUUAACCCUUAGCCUACUGGCGGCAGAUCAUUCUGCCUUUGCGACCAGUGCAGACCAAGAUCAGCCUGAUCAUGGUCUGCACUGUUCGCUAUUCAGUCAGUAAAUUUUCAGUGAAAACCCCUUUGAAUGAUAUAUGGUACUGUCCAAAUUGAAAGAUGCACCAGUCCAUUAUAGAAAUAUAGCAGGGUAAGGGUUAAAAUAUACGUGCUGGUGAACUAGGCCACAUGAUACUACAUACGAAUUCUUUUUCUUUUCUGUUGUGUUUCAGUACUCUCAUAAACUUUUAUGCAAGUUUAACGUAGACAUGUAGUUUAAUUUACAAAUGCCCAUGUUUUCGUUUUACUUUUGUCUAUAUGCACUUCGAUAAUGGCAUUUACUUCUGUAAAUAUUUUACAUUAAUUAGUCUCAAUAUGAAUAGAAUCUCUCGUAUAAGCAUAAUACAUAACUUUAUAUAUGCAAAUGCUUUUCGUCAUGGUCUGAUUUCAUCUUAUGAACUUAGUUGAUUAAGAUAAUUUACUUUUUCACUACAUUGUAUUAAGAAAUUAUAAAACCCAUUGAUGAUUCUUCUGUUAUAUUUUGAUUUUGCAUAUUUGAGCCGCGCCAUGAGAAAACGAACAUAGUGGCACAGUCUGGUCAGGAUCCAUGCUGGUCGGUUUCAAAGCCUAUUGCAAGUAGAGAAACCAUUAGCGAACAGCAUGGAUCCUGACCAGACUGCGCGGAGGCGCAGGCUGGUCUGGAUCCAUGCUGGUCGCAAAGCCACUAUGUUUGUUUUCUCAUGGCGUGGAUCAUUUUCUUAUUUAUUUUGUAACGUUAUUGUUAUUUUCAUAAUUAUUAAUCUAAUGGUUGCUGUUGUUGUUUAUGUUAUUAUUAUUAUUAUUAUUCUUUUAUUUUUAUUCAUCAUUUAUGUCUAUGCACGAAUUUUACGUGGUUAUAGGGUAGAGUUUCUAGACAAUAAUUGAUGACUAGUUUCACUGGCAUUAAAAGUUCCUAAGUGUUCACUUGUCUAACUAUACAUUUUAAAAACAAGACUACCAAAAGGUAUUAUGUGCACUUUUACACAUGCAUUACAAAUAGGGUACGUUUAAACUGAUCAUGGAUAGUUUUAAGAGGGGAUCUGCGAAGGAACGGGUUGUAUGGGUUUUAUACAGUCAUAAUAAUCAAAUUUUAGUGUCUAUCCUACUUUGUGAAUUAUGAACACAUUUAUUUUUAUCAAUAUAUGUAUGAAUUAACGAUAACUACGAAUUAAAUUGUUAUUAUUUAUUUAA